AAGACUCUUUAAUUAUGAAGAUAAAAAUGGUAUUUCUGAUCAAAACAAACACACGUGAAAAGUUUUUACAGAAUGUGUGAUACUAAUUCUUUGUUUCAAAAACAGAAGGAGCUGUGUUUGUCGGGAAUAGAUUGGAGUAGGAAAGGAUCUGUAGAUGGACCUAUCACUGAAGUUGUAAAAUUUAUAAAUGGCAGUGAAAAUUAUUUUACCACAAGUUCCUGUUCAGGAAGAAUCAUGGUGUUCGAAAACAGUAAUGAUGUAGUGCAGAAGAAAGGAUGCAAGUGGUUGUAUACUACUCAUGAAUCAGCAACAGGAGAACUAGUUAUGGAUAGUAUUAAAAAUGCAACUGGUAAUGCUGUAUUCAAAUUUGAACCAUUUGUUCUCCAUGUACAAUGUAAAUUGCUGGAACAUGCACAAAAAUUGCAUUCUGUAGCUGUUGCAUCAGGUUUUAGAAACUCAGGUAUAACAGUUGGAACCAAAGGAAAGAUAAUUACAGCUGUAAGAAGUACUCAUUCUAUGGAAGUUCCUCUGUCUGAUAAUGGAAAUAUUUUAGUUUCUGAUCAGUAUAUAGAUUUUCUAGUUAAAUGUGCUAAUGAGAAACUGGAAGAGAAUUUUAACAGAAUAGAAAGAUUUUUUACAAACUACAAAGAAAUGAUUAAUUCUCCAGAUAAACAACUAGAAAAAGAACUAAAAAAACAACAGAAAAAAGAAUUAAAACAAGCACAGGAUAAAUUAAAACAAAAAACAACUCUCGACACACAGGAUGUUGAUGAUGAUAAUUUGAAUUUUUUUUGUUUUGAUGAAACAUAG